GUUUCGAAGCGCUGCUUACUGCUUAGUUCUUUCUUUGAGUCUCGUCCCAGUGGUAGAUAAUUUAUUAUCAUUAUCCUUCUUUCGCUGGCAAAGAGUUACAACUUGUGCUUAUUUUGAUUCCAUUAAUUUUUAAGAUGUCACGUCUCGAUAUAGUGGUGUUUGGGGCCACAGGCUUCACCGGCAAGAAGGCAGUUGAAGAGUUAGUCCGUGUUGCCAAGAAGUACACAGGGCUGACAUGGGGAGUGGCUGGCCGUUCACAGUCCAAGUUGGAGACCCUCAUGGCUGAUAUUGGAAAAUUGACUGGUGAAAACCUCUCCAGCAUCAAGAUCAUAGUAGCCGAUGUGUCCGAUGAAGAGUCCAUCAAGCAGAUGUGCGAGCAGGCGCGAGUGAUCGCCAACUGCUGCGGCCCGUACAAGUUGUAUGGCGAGCCAGUGGUCAAAGCAGCGGUCGCUACUAAGACGCAUGUGGUCGACGUCAGCGGGGAGCCGUUUUUCAUCGAAUCAAUGCAGCUGAAAUACGACCAGGCUGCACGAGAGGCAGGCGUGUACGUCGUGAGCGCGUGCGGUUUCGACAGCAUCCCUAACGACAUGGGACUCGUCUACAUGCAGCAGAACUUCGACGGGACUCUGAAUUCCGUGGAAUCGUACGUAAGCACGCAAGUGGCGCCGGAGUACAGGAGUGAAGCUGCCAAGAGUGGCGUCAUACACUACGGCACUUGGGAAUCUCUUGUGAACGGAAUUUGCAGCCGCAAUAAGUUACCUGCUCUACGCAAACAGCUGUACCCGGACCGUUUGCCGAGCUUCAAGCCGAAGUUGCAUCCACGUGGCAUCGUCCACAAGCACGACGGCGCGUACUGCCUCCCGUUCCCCGGCUCCGACGCGUCCAUCGUGUACCGCACGCAGCGCCACAUGUACCACGUGGACCACAAGCGCCCGGUCCAGUUCAAGCCUUACUUCAAACUUCCCUCUCUUUUCGCCACCCUCCUCACGUGCCUCGUGGCCAUAAUCCUACUCCUCAUGGCCAAGUUCUCGCUGACCAGGAUGCUGCUCCUGAAGUACCCGAGGCUGUUUUCCGCGGGCACGGUGACCCGGGACGGCCCGACGGACAACGUGAUGAACAACACGUCGUUCAUGUUCGAGUUGUAUGGCGAGGGAUGGGAGAAGGGCGUCGACGUGGACGCGACCAAGCCGGCUAAGAAAGCUGUAGUCAGGGUAAAAGGCGUGAACCCUGGCUACGGAGCAACAGUCACCGCACUGAUCUAUUCGGCCAUCACCUGCCUUAAAGAACAUGACAAGAUGCCUGGCAAUGGCGGAGUAUUGACUACGGGAAUUGCAUUCGCCAAAACCGAUCUCAUCAAGAACCUCAACGAAAAUAACCUCACGUUUGAGUAUGUUCAAAAUUAAUGUUACCGUUAAUUAUUAAGUUACCUUUAAACCAGUUAGCUUUAUCACAGUAGUGGUCAAUGAUCAAUAUGAUCAUAUUGGCCAGAGUGAUUGUAAUGGAACAUUGCGUUUAAUAAUUAUAGUUACCUAUAUGCCUUUAUUUUUGUUUCUAAUAUUUGCAGAUUUUAUAUUGUUGUUAGCUUCAUGUAUUACGAUAGAAAGUCAAACUACUGCAACUUCAAUUAGUAUGACUUUAUUAUACGAUAAGUUUAUUACUAUAUUACUCGAUUGUAGGUACAAACAAGCAUUUACCAACUUAAUAGUUUAUAGAGCUUAUUCAGCUUAUGUUAACGAUAGUACAACCAAACAUUUACCAAAACAAAGAUAUAUAUAGAUAUAAAAUAUAAAUUAUUUUUUGCUUAAGUAACCAUUGUUUGUGUCAUAAUUGUAACUAAUCAAAUGUGAUAUCUACAUGUAUAAGGUAAAGGGCAUUUAAUAAACAUUAAACAUGAUAAGAAA